AUGUGCCAACAGUCCAAGAGGUUCAAAGUGAAAGGGAUGUUCAUGGCAGCCAUAUGGAAACCAAUUUUUGCCCCCAAUGGUGCAUUAGUACAUGAUGGAAAGUAUGGAAUUUUUCCAUUUGUCUAUGAAAGCAUAGCCAAGAAAAAAAAAAGCAAAAACAGGGAGGUUGGUGCUGUGGAAAUCAAGGCAACACAGAAUGGCAACAAAGAAGCCAUAAGAGCAAUGUUAAUCAACAAUGUCAUUCCAGCAAUCAAAGCUAAAUGGCCUGCCCAUCUACCCAAGGACAUAUGGAUUCAGUGGGAUAAUGCCAGACCUCAUCAAAUUCCAAGGGAUGAGGAAUUUGAAUCAGCCUGUCACUCUGAUGGAUUCAACAUUCAAUUCAUUUACCAGCCAGCUCAGUCCCCAGACUUAAAUGUGCUGGAUCUAGGGCUAUUCAAUGUAAUACAAUCAAUACAGUACCAAUCUUUUCUCAAGAACCUAAUGGAACUCAUUGAAAAAGUGAAAGAGGCUUAUGAGUUGUUCAACCCAGUGUUGAACAAGCACUGUUGGAUAAGUCUACAAUGUUUUAUGGAAGAGAUUCUGAAACACCAAGGAGGGAAUAACUUUAUCCUACCCCACAAAGGCAAAAAAAGGCUUGAGAGGAUUGGGAUGCUGCCAGAGCAACUAGAGGUGGAAAAGAAUGUGGUUCAACAGGCUGUUGAUUACCUCAACACUAUUUUCAUAUCAACUGACCAAGGGAUUGAAGAAGAUGAAGGGAUGCAAGUAGAUGCUGACUGA